AUGUGGACACCGCUCACGUGCCGCGCCUCAAACCUACCCCCGGUUGUCCGAUACACUCUGCGUGAGAAUCUCUCAUGUCACGUGACCGAAUGCCAGGGUCGAGCUGAACGCCAACCCUCUUCUCCGCUCUGCAAUCCUAAAGUGUCAACCCCCCUGUCCAUCUCGCUGAUGGCGUACAAUUACAACACCAACCGUCACAAUUCGGUAGGAGGCAGCUGGCAACUUCCUCCGCCGCCGCCACAACCUCCGGUUUCUUCGGGGGCAUACUCCGAUUCUCCGGCGAUGAUGAAUCACGAUUUUCGAAACCCAUGGUUUUCCGGGGGUCGGCCCCAGGCUCAGCAGAAUGUAGCUGGACAGAUGCUGAUGGCGAAUAGUCCGACGAAAACCCCUCAGCUUCCAUUAUUACAAACUCAAGUGGGCCAGCAACCCAAACGGCUCUCCCUCGUAAAUCAGUUACCCACCACUUAUGAAGACGAAACUCAGAAUUCCGGACCUUUUAUACACCCGCCGACGAGGGUGGACAAUCCCUUCAAUCAAUACUACACAAAUCAAGACGUUACCUUGGACGACCGUCGAAUGUCGGUUGCUGAUGGGUCGUAUCUCAAAUCGGGCUACAAUGGAUUUGCAGAACCGGGAGGUGGUGGAGGAGUUGCUGGUGCAGGCAUUGCUCCACCAUAUGGUCAGGCUUCGUUCAACAAUCUUCGGCGGUCGUCAUUGGCCGUUGGACCGUUUAUGGAUGGAGGUGUUGCUGGGUACCGCAAGCCUGGAAGAUCUGCCUCUGUGGUUCAAUAUCAACAAUAUCAACAAAGUGUGCUGGAAAAACAACACAGCUACUUCAGAUUACCUGCUCCUCGUGCCAAAAGAGUCCAUUCGAAACUAGAUUUGCAUCCCAAGAUUCACCACAUACCCAAGUACCGUCGAGCCUCGGUCAAUUCCGUCCACAUUUCACCGGUCAAUGCCCUUUCGAUUUACUUGACCGAGACAUACCGCAUCUGCCAGCCCAAAAAAUUUCAGUACUCCAAGCUGACAAACCCCAAAAGAGUGCUCACCAAACCGCUGGAUCCAAAGUACAAUAAUGGCUACGAUAACGAAGACAGUGAUUAUAUCCUCUACGUCAACGAUGUUUUGGGCACGGAGGAGGGCCGCAAGUACAUUGUGUUGGACCUCUUGGGCUCGGGGACGUUUGGUCAGGUGGUAAAGUGCCAGAACUUGACCAACCAGUCGGUGUGUGCAAUCAAAGUGAUCAAGUCCAAACCCGCAUACAUGAACCAAUCUUUAACCGAGGUGCGACUCCUCGAGUUUCUCAACUCCAACAGUGAUGGUAACCACUUUAUUCGAUUACUUGACACUUUCAUGCACAAGGAACAUCUCUGUCUUGUGUUCGAGUUGCUAGCAUCUAAUCUUUACGAGCUCAUCAAACAGAACCAGUUCCAAGGUCUCAAUAUGCGGUUAGUGAAACUCUUGACCAAGCAGCUAUUAGAAUCCAUGGCCCAGCUCAAAAGUUUCCAGAUUAUUCAUUGCGAUCUAAAACCGGAAAAUAUCCUCUUAUGCCAGCCAGAUAAACCCGAUAUCAAAAUCAUAGAUUUCGGUUCGGCUUGCUUCACACAUCAAACCAUCUACUCCUACAUCCAGUCACGAUUUUACCGGUCUCCUGAGGUCAUCUUGGGCCUCCCGUAUACUGAGUCCAUAGAUAUGUGGUCCUUGGGUUGCAUUGUGGGAGAGUUGUUUCUCGGCCUUCCAAUGUUUCCCGGCACAUCUGAGUACAAUCAGAUAUGGAAAAUUGUCGACAUGCUCGGAUAUCCACCUCGCCAUAUGAUCGAUGUUGGUCGCAAUUCUACAAACUUUUUCCACAAGGUGCCUGCUUCUACUCCAGAAGGAAAGCAUUCUUACACCAUAAAAUCUUACGACGAAUACGUUCAGUAUUUGGCAUCUACAAAGGGUAAAGAAGAACAGAGUCAGAAGGAGCAGAAAAAUAAAAACUAUUUCAAACAUCGUCUGAUGAAAGAUAUAAUAUUGAACUACAAAUUCUCGUCCAAAAUGACAAACACAAUGAUUGAAAAGGAAUGUCAAGAACGGUUAUUAUUGGUCGAUUUCCUCACCAAAUGUCUCAAUAUGAACCCCCUUGAAAGACUAACACCUCAGGAAGCAUUAAAGCAUCCAUUUGUGAAUGACGUAUUGCAGCCAUUGACCCCAACUCCACAGCCAGAAUCCACUCAGAACCACUUUGCACCUCGUCGUGCAAGCACCCUUGACAAUCGUAUACAAGCACAGUACUCGCGUACGUAG